CAUCUUUGUAGCUCUAGGCAUCGAAACAGACAUUCGUAUACCAGUCGUCAACCGUAAUGAACUUUCCGGUUCAGCAAUCGCAAGACAGUGGUACCCGCAAGAAUCUGCAGUAUGUGUCAACAUAUGUAGGUCUUGGAAACCCGACCAGUGGCAAUGUCUGACACAAAUCUCUCAGCUGUCCUGUACAAAAAGGAUGAUCUACGAUUGGAGGAUCGCCCCAUUCCCCAACCUGCUGCAGGAGAGGUUCAGGUCUGUAUGCACUCGGUGGGUAUUUGUGGCAGUGACGUCCGAUACUGGGUGGCAGGCGGAAGUGGUAGGUUUGUGGUAAGAGAGCCCCUGCUGAUGGGCCACGAGUGCAGCGGUAUCGUCAGCCAGGUGGGGGAUGGAGUCACCAGUCUUAAAGUUGGUGAUCGCGUGGCAAUUGAGCCAGGAGUACCUUGUAGACGAUGUGAUUUCUGCAAGACUGGUCGCUAUAAUUUAUGCCAAGACGUUUUCUUUCUAGCCACGCCCCCUGACAACGGGGCUUUGGCUCGAUACCACACCCACGCGGCCGACUUCUGCUACAAGCUCCCUGACAACUUGUCCAUGGUAGAGGGCGCCCUGCUUGAGCCGCUGUCGGUGGGAAUUCAUGCCUGUCGGCGAGGGGAGGUUACUCUAGGACACCGAGUUCUAGUAUGUGGAGCAGGCCCGAUCGGGCUAUGUGUGAUGUUGGCAGCAAAAGCUCUGGGAGUGGCCGCCACAUGUGUUACAGAUAUUGACAGCAAGCGACUGGAGUUUGCUAAGAAAAUAGGAGCCACGAGCACGUUAUUGGUGGAUUCGAAAGAUCCAGCUGAGGUCUCUCAAAGGGCCAUCGCGGGUCUCGGAGGUCGACCUGACGUUACUGUAGACUGCAGCGGUGCUGAAAUCUCCAUACAGCUGGGAGUUGCAGCGACGAAACCCGGUGGAAUUCUCGUGUUGGUUGGACAUUGUCACAGUGCUUCUGUACCUGCGUCCGAUUUUAUUUCUAGAGAACUGGAGAUGAGGGCUACAUUCCGAUACGUCAACACGUGGAAGACCGCAGUUGACAUGGUAUCGUCAGGUAAAGUUGACGUCAAACCACUAGUCACUCAUCACUUCCCCCUGGAGAAGACACUGGACGCCUUCGAAGCGGCUAAGACAGGUGCCGGAAUCAAGGUCAUAAUAGACUGUUUUAGGAGUUAACGUUUAAUUAAACGUCCUUGUUACCAGCAAUCCAGCAUGUAGACAACUGUUAGAGCGUACCGAUACGUUGACAAAACGUUUACAAAAGUGAUUUACGUGGUCAAUUACUAGCAGUACAGAUAUUCAUGUGUGACAAAUGCAAUCGUGUCGUGAGCAAAAUGGACAACAUGAACAAAAAACUGGCUUACAAUAAA